AUGCCUGCCAGCCCCCGUGACAAAUCCCUGACGCCUUCAUCCGGGACUCGACCAUCAGAACACUCUCCAACAUGGCGGCGUCAGCUAAGAAGAAUAAGAAGAAGGGGAAGACCCUGACCCUGAAUGACUUCCUUGCGAAUGAUGGCAGUGGCAGUGCGCCCCCCAGUUACCCCAGCGCAAAGACCACCAGCUGGGCAGACGAGACCGAUGACUUGGAAAGUGAUGUCUCAACUUCUUGGCAUGGUGCAGAGGAUACAUAUCGAGCUCCUCCCAUCGAUCGCUCCAUCCUGCCAACUGCGCCUCGUGCAGCGCGGGGACCAAACAUUGACCGCUCUCGGCUGCCACGCGGUCCACCCUACACCGCCUUUCUUGGUAACCUUCCUUACGACGUCAGCGAGGAAUCCAUCAAAGACUUCUUCAGGGGUCUUGGGAUCAGUGCAGUACGUUUGCCACGGGAGCCUAGUAACCCAGAGAGGCUUAAGGGUUUUGGUUAUGCAGAGUUUGAAGAUGUUGAAUCAUUCUUGAGUGCUCUCAGUCUAAAUGAAGAGAAUCUUGGGAACAGACGGAUCCGGGUGGAUAUUGCGGAUUCAUCCAAUGACAAAGAGAGGGAUAGUGGAUCAAUGAUGGGGCGAGACAGGGAUAGAGGUCGUGGGAUGGACAGUGGCCCUGAUAAGACAGAUUCUGAUUGGAGGGCACGGCCAAGCGGGGACAAGGAUGAUGGUCCACGCAGAGAUGACGGAUUCGGGGACAGGUCACGUGACCGCUUUGAGUCGGACCGAUUCAGAGAUGCUCCGAGGCGUGAUGAUCGUUAUGACAGCGGUCGCGAUCGCUUCAGUGGAAGAGAUCGCUUUGACGACCGAGACCGAAGGGAUCGCUAUGAUGACAAAGGUUAUGACUCACGUGGUGGACGACGAGGAUUCAGCAGUGGCUUCAAGCGAGACAAUGAUGACUGGCGUGAUGGAGAUCGAGAAGAGCGUUCAGAAAGGAGGGAUGAUGGACAAGAUGAGAGGGCCCCUACACAGAGGCCCAAGUUGAACCUGAAGCCACGGAGCAUCCCAAAAGAGGAGGAACAGAGUGGAAGCUUGUCCCCGCAGAGUGAUAUAAGGGUGGCUAAUUCCAGCAGGACUUCCUCUAUAUUUGGGGCAGCCAAACCUGUGGACACGGCUGCUAAGGAAAGAGAGAUGGAGGAGAGGCUGAAGAAAGAACAAGAACGACUCCAGAAACAUUUGGAGGAGGACAAGAACAGGGCAUCGGAGAGACGACCACGAGAUCGAGACUUGAGUUGGAGGAAUGAACAACCACCUGAAGAGCGUCGACGCACGGGAAGUGAAUCCUCACAACCUAAAGGAUCUAGGAGUCAAGACGGUGAACAUUCAGAGAAUGAAGUCCUCAGUGGACAGGAGGAUGAGCCGACCUCUCCUGCAUGUCCAUCACCCUCUUCCAGUCAGGGUGCGCUCCCGCUGAAAGUUAUGCCAGCUCCACCACCUAAAGAAAAUGUCUGGGCCAAACGCAGCACAGGGGGUGGUGCUAAUGAGAAGGAAGGACCACCCUCAGCUGCCCCUAGCAACAAAAGCGCUCUUAAACCCAACAGGUCAGAAGAAGAGAGAGUAUCAGGCAAAGAUGAAAACCGGGUUGAUGGCAUUCGAAAGGAUAAAGUUGUGUCUCAGGGAAGAGGAGGAGAAGGAGGAUGGGGUCGGGGACGAGAAGUUGACUGCCCAAAUAAAGAGAAACCGAGAGAACCUGCAGACAGGAAGGAGGUCAGACGGGAACAAGAUCCCAGAAUAGCCUCAGAACCAAAGAAAUAUGAAGAGGGCACUCCUCCUCAAUUCAGCUCUGCAAGUAAGUACGCUGCCCUACUAAUGGAUGGAGACCAGGGAGAAGAUGAAGAGGAAUGAACAGUUAGGAAGGAUCAAUUAAUGACAGAAACGGAGUACAGAUGAAAAAAGCAACUGAACGAUCAAAUGAAGGGUUCAUUAGAGCUCAUAGUGAGGGAAUGGGAUGGUUUAAGGGGUACCCACAAUGCUGUUCUCUGUCACGUUUAUGGGAAUUUAAACCGGUAUUCCUAAAACUGGCUCAUUUUAAUUAAAACGAAAACAAAAUCAUUGCAGUACGUAGAUUAAUGCAUUCUUACAUAUAGACAUAUGAAAAUCAUUGUUCAUUUGACCGUCAUUGUAACAAUAAAAAAUAUAAGAUACUGUAA